AAAGGAACUCUUUCAACCCAUGAGAAAGGGCUUCAAAAGAUCCGGUCUAAAAUUGAGCAGAUGGAGAAAUAGAACUUGGAAACUAAGGCUUGGACUAUGCAGGGAGAGGUAACCGCCAGUAAAAGGCCGAAGAACAGUGCACUCGAGGUUGAUCUGGAUUUUGAGCACAAUGUAAGACCACCUCCUGUGAUCACAGAAGAGGUUACAGCAUCCCUUGAAGAAUUAAUUACAAAAGGGAUUAUUGAGGUAUCUUCAUCUCUUACUUACUAUUAUAUGAAAUACUUCACUCCCAAUAGAUAUUCUUCCUUUCUUGAUCAAUGAUGCAUUCAAAAGCUGCUAUAUUUGCAUUGAACCAAUGGCCAUCAACAAAAAUAGGCAUUUUGUUUAAUUCAUCCGCUUCCUGAAUUGAGUUCACUUGUCAUUUUGAGCUAGUUUGAUGGAAUUUCCCCACUCUGCUUAAUGUUGGUGUCUGCACUUAGCAAGCAAAAGCACAUCUGAAAAGGCAAGUCAGAGCCUUUAAAUAAUAAUGGCAUAUGCACAUCUUCACUCUUUCCAAACUGGGCCUAUAACUUUGUUCCGUAUAUGU